UAUCACUUAUGAACCAAAUCUGAAUGGCAAGGAGCACAUGACAUCCAAAUCCCACAUGGCCUCUCCAAUCAACCUCUUCUGACACCCUUUUCCUAGAUAUAAAAACAACCAACCCAAGAUCCACAUCUGCCCACUCUCCUUAAAAACAACCUGAGAAACUCAGAAAGAAACCUUUGAUUUAAUUUGUUUGCUAUGGAUUCUCUUGACUCUGUCCCCCUUCAAUCCUCCCCUAAUCUUCUUAGCAAUAGUUUUAAGAACCAUGACAUGAUAAUAGAGCCUGGAGAGCUUCUGGAUGAAACCUGGUUUUUUGGGAACUUGCUUGAUGGAAAACCAAGAAUGUUGAGAUGCUACUCUGAUCCUUGUCCUUCCUCAAAGACAUCAUCUUCUGAAGAUGAUGAUGACAUGUUUCCUGGGAAGUCCAUGGAGGAAACCUUUUCAUCAAUCAACAGAAUACCAGACGGCAAGAGAGCGUUGAGUCUUCGCGUGCCCGGGACAGGUCUGAUGAAGACUCCUUCCCUGCCAGCCAAGCAACAACCGGAUUCAGAAAACACGAACGAUCCAAGAAUUCAAGAACCGUGGCGUAACAGCCUGUUAAGGGCUCCAUCUCUGCCCAGUUUUGCAGAGAAGGAAGAAUUUCAAGAUGAAGAGAGUGAGUUUUCUAUGGGGAAAUUGAUCAGACAGGCAUCUUUAAACCAACCCAAACUUCUGUCCAGACAUGAAUCACUAAGCCAGUCCAAGAUUCUGAUCAGACAAGGAUCCUUAAACCAACCCAAUCCUCUGAUCAGACAAGGAUCCUUAAACCAAUCCAAACCUCUGACCAGACAAGGCUCCUUAAACCAACCCAAAGUUCUGCCUCCAAGACAAACUGCAAAGGGUGUGACAAGAAGUUGCAGCAUUUCUACCAUCCCAAAACAAAAUCCGCGAAAGAAAUCAGAGCCAGAGAGCAUUAACCCCAGUUCGAACUGCAAUUCUGGGGAGACAAAACCGCGAUAUGCAUCAAAUCAACCCAAGAUAAGAAAGAGCCAUUCUAGUGUAGAUACUGAAGAGUUGAAAGGAUUGAAGAACUUGGGGUUGAAGGUGAAAGAUGAUGAAAAGAUGAGCAGAAGAAGAGGUGAUACAUCAUCAGAGAAAUGGCUGGCAAAGAGUUUUGGGGCUCCACUGCAAAGUGGGGCAGCUGCUAGCAAGAAAUCAGCAGAAGACAUGAAAGCACAGAUAAGGUUCUGGGCAAGGGCUGUGGCAUCAAAUGUGCGCCAAGAAUGCUAAUUAUUCAUCAUCAAAGUUAAAAAAA